ACUUUUUUUUUAUUGUUUCUUGCUCUCUGCAGUGCACGCUCGGUUGUUGUGAGUUGCUUCGUUGUUGUUGCAGGAAGACCCGCGAAAGUGCCCCGGAUUUCGGACUUGACGUAUGUUGGCUCUUAUUCAUGUAGCGCCGAAUUUAGGGCCGACCGGCUUUUUGAGCAGUUUUCGUACGCCAGCGUCGCAGAGUUCGCGUUGCUGCCACGUCUGCCCACACCGGCGGCAGCGUGCCUCAUUGUGCUGCCGUUUCUUCUCAAAAUACCCGUGGCAGCCAUUUUGAUAUAAAGCUUCUCGGCGAAGGACCGUUCGUGUUUUUGGCUUCGGCCCUGACCGUGCACCUGUUGUCGCUGUAACCUGAAGCAGCAUCAGCGAUGGCCCGUACCAAGCAGACCGCCCGUAAGUCUACCGGUGGCAAGGCGCCCCGCAAGCAGCUGGCCACCAAGGCAGCGCGCAAGAGCGCCCCUUCGACGGGCGGCGUCAAGAAGCCCCAUCGCUACAGGCCCGGCACCGUGGCCCUCAGGGAGAUCCGUCGUUACCAAAAAUCCACUGAGCUGCUCAUCCGCAAGCUGCCUUUCCAGCGCCUCGUGCGCGAGAUUGCACAGGACUUCAAGACCGAUUUGCGCUUCCAGAGCGCGGCCAUCGGAGCUCUCCAGGAAGCGAGUGAAGCAUACCUUGUUGGCCUCUUUGAGGACACCAACCUUUGCGCCAUCCAUGCCAAGCGGGUGACCAUCAUGCCCAAGGACAUUCAGCUGGCCAGACGGAUCCGUGGGGAGCGUGCCUAGAGAGACUCCAAAAGAACACUCUUCCUCUCUCUCUCUCUUCGCCCCGCUCGUCGUCCUCUCUUCUACACGCAUCAUCGCCCCUUUCUUCUGUUCCAGUGUUCUUUUUGGUGGCAGCAUUCGGCUAGCCUGGGACACACCAUGCCACCAGCAGCCGUUCACGUGUCUGUGUUACCCAGUGCUGUGUGUGCUUUUGUUGCCGCACUCUCUGGCGUUAUUUUUCAGCAGUGGCCACCACUGCGCGGCCGUGAACCUGCCAGUGCUCCCCUCCCGAAAUCUCGAAAGUGCCCUGUGACAUCUCAUUGUUGUCCUGCUGCGUAAUUCGCCUUUGCCCUCCCUUACUUUAUGCCCACUGCAUAUGCUCGAGGCAAUAUUGGCCUACACUUCACAGGUUCUUUUUUGAUGUAUUUUUUUUCUAGACCUGUUAGUUCUGCGCACUUAAUUUCAUGAACCAUGUCAUCGUGUAGUGUUGCAUUGACUGGUCGUGGUGCACAGAUCGCAGCAGUUCUGCCAUGUGCACACAACGUAGCCUUGGUUAGUCAACUUCACGGUGAAUUCACAACCACUCCGAGAAACAGACAUCACGGUGUAUGUCUAUGUGUGGUUUUGAAUUAAAAUAUGUACCACCUAAGGUAGCCCUGCAUUGCAGCUGUAUUGUUCAGCCUCUUGUAAACUGGUUUGAAGGGGAGGGGGGCACUUGCAGUCUGUGAAAUUAUUUUGCAAGCUUUUGUGCUAAAAGGGUGACAACACUGUCAUGUGGAGUUUCGUUUCCAUUCAGAGCUUUAGUCUACAAAUGGGCCCCUUCUACCAAUGCAAUGUACUUAUAAAUACAAUCUUGUUUGUUAUGGCAAAUCUGGAUCCACAUCGAUGGGAAAAAAGCUAGGGAAAUUGGGUUCGCUAUCCUUGUGUAGUCUACAAAUUCAAUCCAAAAAGAACUGUGAAUUAUUUCAUCUACAACUGCAGCUUUUACAAGCAUUGCUCAGUUUAACAUGAGCUAUUGUUUGUGCACCAGAUAAUUUUCCAAGAGUCUCCUGUGUGUGUUCUCAGAUUUUGUUUUUAUUUUUUUUUUCUACCACUGCCAGUUUUGCUGUAAAAAAAAGGGGGAACUGCCUUGUACUUUUCAGUUUUUAUGGUUGUAAUUUGUUGUAUAUCUGGGACUUUUUUUUUUUCACUUGUAUGGAAGACGAGCUGUCUACUGUCACGUUUGUGUACAAUUGUGUAGAGAGAGGGGCUAACAAGUGUUUUUAAUAAGUGUUUGCAUAUCUAUUCAACAUCAUGUCACCGCCAUUAUAUCUUUCAUGUAGAGCUAGUUAACUGGUCAAGCGACGGGUCGUCAAUGUGUUUGUCAAAUCUGGUCUUCACCGUGAUUGAAACAAUGAAAUUGGAAUAAAGUGCAUCACAUUCCAAUUCA